UUCUUUUGUUCGUGUGAAGUGAGGCUACAUGCAGAAACAAAGAGGUGCUUGCAAAGCGAGGCACUGCGUGAUCUCACUCCCCGAACAGAACAUGUGGUUUCCUGCCAACACAGCGUAAGGUCUAACGAGAUAAGUUUACGUCACGCGUAGACAAACGAUAGCGUAUCGCUACGCUACUCGGCGAAGGGGCGGUUUUUUUUUUUUUUUUUCAAAUUCGCGCCUGCGAAGCCUGGAGACAGGCCGGGUGUCGUCGCUUAUCGCUACGCCAAGACAAAAGCACCGCGGUCGCGAAACCGAACCGCUCGACGAGGUGCAACACCGCUGCACAAGCUGUGGGCUUGGCUAGGGGAGGAGGCAAUCGGAUGCGAGCAGUUUGUUGCCAGUCGUGGGAGUCACGUGAACCUCAGCGUUUCUUCAUAGCUAGUGUCAGCCCAACUAUAGGUGGUGUUGGCUCAGCGCGCGGCGAGUGUUUGCUUUUCACACGGCACUCGCGAGCUGCGCGAUGAAGGGCGACGUCACAGAGAAUGCCGGACUGAAUCAGCGCGGCGCGUUCCGGCCUUUGUUCUACGGUGCGGCGGAUCGCGAGCCCCUGUGCAAAAGCCACAAUGAUCACCUGCUUUACGAUUCCGCAGCAGAAGAGGAUGACAAGGCAUCAGCAGCGAGUGACCACCAUGAGUCGGGUGAACAUCGCACAAUAUACAUCAACGGACUGCAGAAGCAUAAGUUCUGCUCCAAUGCCAUCUCGACUGCAAAAUACAACAUCCUCUCCUUUCUCCCCAAGUUCCUAUUCGAACAGUUUCGGCGAUACGCCAAUGUGUUCUUCCUUUUCAUUGCACUAUUACAGCAAAUCCCCAAUGUGUCACCCACAGGCCGCUACACAACGGCUGUUCCCCUCGUCUUUAUCCUUGUUGUCUCGGCACUCAAAGAAAUUGUGGAGGACUUUAAAAGGCACCUAGCAGAUGAUGCCGUGAACAAUAGCAUAGUUUUAGCCCUGCGGGACGGGGAAUGGAAGGGAAUCAGGUGGAACCAGGUCAUGGUGGGCGACUUUCUGAAGAUUACCAGCGGCCAGUUUUUUCCAGCUGACCUGGUCUUGUUGUCUUCAAGCGAACCACAAGGAAUGUGCUACAUCGAAACUGCGAACCUUGAUGGUGAAACAAACCUCAAGAUAAGGCAGGGUCUGACCCAGACAGCAGGGAUGCUGACUACCAAAAGCCUUGCUGAAAUGCACGGUCACGUGGAGUGCGAAUUGCCAAAUCGCCACCUGUACGAGUUUACAGGCAACAUCCAUAUCAGUAAUCCCAAGCCUGCAAAAACAUGUGCCCUGGGUCCUGACCAGAUUCUACUUCGCGGUGCCAUGUUGAAGAACACAACGUGGGCAUUUGGUGUUGUCAUCUACACGGGCCAUGAAACAAAGCUCAUGAUGAACUCCACUGCUGCUCCGUUGAAGCGGUCUACUGUUGAUAAAGUCACCAACACCCAGAUCAUCAUGUUGUUUCUGCUGCUCAUUGUCCUGGCACUAAUCAGCUCGGUGGCAAGUGAGAUUUGGACCGCAAAGCACGCUGCCACUGACUGGUACCUAGGCUUGGAUGACCUGAGCAGCAACAGCAACUUUGCCUACAACUUUCUCACCUUCAUCAUACUGUACAACAACCUGAUCCCCAUCAGCCUACAGGUGACUCUGGAAAUGGUGCGAUUCAUACAGGCCAGUUUCAUCAACAUGGAUUCAGAGAUGUACCACGAAGAUACGGAUACACCCGCCAUGGCCAGGACUUCCAACCUGAAUGAGGAACUCGGCCAGGUCAAGUACAUCUUCUCUGACAAGACUGGCACUUUGACCUGCAACAUCAUGGAAUUCAAGCGCUGCAGCAUUGCUGGCCGGAUGUAUGGCACUAUGGAAGAAGGACUUGAUGCCAAGGAGAUUCAUGAUAUUCUUCGCAAGAACACGGCUGCCACACCCUAUGUGCGGGAGUUCUUCACACUGAUGGCUGUUUGCCACACAGUGGUGCCAGAGAUUGACAACGAAACAAAUUACAUCAAGUACCAGGCUGCAUCACCCGACGAAGGCGCUCUUGUCAAAGGGGCACGAGAGGUUGGUUUUGUCUUCACGACCAGGACGCCAACACAUGUGACAGUGAACAUUUUUGGUUCAAACGAGAAGUAUGAGAUCUUGAAUGUCAUAGAGUUUACAAGUACCCGGAAACGAAUGUCUGUCUUGGUCCGGACACCUCAGGGCAAGAUUAAGCUAUUCUGCAAAGGAGCAGACACUGUCAUAUAUGAAAGGCUCGGAGCUGAGAGCCAGAGUUUCAAAGACAUCAACCUCAAGCAUCUUGAAGAAUUUGCCUCCCAAGGUUUGAGAACUCUGUGUCUUGCCGAAGCAGACAUUUCUCCAGAAUACUACGAGGAGUGGAAGAACACGUACCACAAGGCGACCACAUCCCUGCAAAUGAGAGAACGCAAGAUUGAAGAUGCCGCACAGCUCAUUGAGACGAAUCUGUCUCUCUUGGGCUCUACUGCCAUUGAGGACAGGUUACAAGACGGUGUUCCAGAAACAGUGGCUGACUUGCUGAAAGCUGACAUCAAAGUUUGGGUAUUGACUGGUGACAAGCAAGAAACUGCCAUCAACAUAGGAUACUCAACAAGGCUGAUCUCUCAGUCAAUGCCACUUCUAGUCAUUAAUGAAGACAGCUUGGAUGGCACACGAGAAGCCGUUCAUAAGCAUGCCCAUGACUUUGGUGAUCUUCUGAGGAAAGAAAAUGAGCUUGCCCUUGUGGUUGACGGAAAGACGCUGAAAUAUGCUCUGUCUUCUGAUGUUCGGCGAGACUUUGUUGACAUCGCACUUUCCUGCAAGGUCUGCAUCUGCUGCCGGGUGUCCCCAAUGCAGAAAGCAGAAAUAGUGGACAUGGUAAAGAAUUCCACUCACUGCGUGACGUUGGCCAUUGGUGAUGGUGCCAAUGAUGUCGCCAUGAUCCAGGCUGCUCAUGUAGGUAUUGGCAUCAGUGGCAUGGAAGGCUUGCAAGCUGCCUGUGCCUCCGACUAUUCUAUUGCACAGUUCCGAUUUCUGCGUCGUCUACUCUUCGUUCACGGAGCCUGGAACCACAACCGAAUGUGCAGGUUGAUUCUCUACUCAUUUCACAAGAACAUAUGUCUCUAUGUCAUUGAGUUGUGGUUCGCGGCCGUGAGCGGAUGGUCUGGACAAACUUUGUUCGAGAGGUGGUCAAUCGGCAUGUAUAACGUGAUGUUCACCGCAGCUCCUCCCCUCGCCAUCGGCCUCUUUGAUCGCACCUGCAGUGCAGAGGUGAUGAUGAAGUACCCCGCACUGUACAAGUCAUCUCAGAAUGCUGAAGGCUUCAAUGCCAAGGUGUUCUGGGUCUGGAUCAUCGAUGCCAUCUACCACUCAAUAGUGCUGUUCUGGCUGACCAUGCUGGGAGUAAAGCAGGAUGUUGCAUGGGCGAAUGGAAGAGACGGUGGAUACCUCAUGUUUGGAAACAUGGUGUACACUUACGUCGUGGUGACUGUGUGCCUGAAGGCUGGCCUGGAGAUGAACUCUUGGACUUGGCCUGUGCACAUGGCCAUCUGGGGAAGCAUCGGCAUGUGGAUACUGUUCCUACUCAUCUACUGCAACAUAUGGCCAGUGCUGCCCAUCGCUCCAGACAUGGCUGGCAUGCACAUCAUGAUCUUCUCGUCUGGGAUCUUCUGGAUGGGCCUCGUGAUAAUUCCCUUCAUGGCACUGCUGGCAGAUGUCAUUGUCAUUGUUAUUAGGCGAUCAUGUUUCAAGUCUUUAACCGAAGCUGUGAGAGAAAGUGAGAUUACCCAUUCUGACCCUGGCCCUGUAAUCCUCCAAGGAACCAAGCAGAAGUUGACAGAGACUGCACGUCUGCUGAAGAAUGUCUUCAUGAAGCCUGUCACGACAGCACAUGUACCAAUAGAAGUGGAGCUAAAACAUGGUUACGCCUUCUCUCAAGAAGAACAUGGAGUAGUGCCACAGGCUGACCUUAUUCGUGCAUACGACUCAACCAAGACUAAGCCAAAAGGCAUCUGAAGAACGACACUCAAGCCACGAGCACACAUUCCACUCUCGGCAAGAGGUUUGGAAGCGUCGGCAAUGUCAGCUGCUUGGUGUACAUACAAAGUGUGACUGCUUCCGAGUCUCUGUAUGUCUGUGCACGGAUGUAUCCUAGUGACUCUCUUCUUUGUGUUAAAUAUGCCGUGCAAGUGCAUUGGUAUACAGGCUGUGCCACAAUUCAGUGUUGUCACAUUUUCCAGCCAGUGAAGGCUUACCUGGCAGAAUGUAUUUUUCUUGAUUCAGUUGACUUAUGCAAAGAUAUUGUAUCACAUGUCGUGUUGCGUUAUUUUUUUUUUUCGCUCUCAUACAUCAUGUUCACCAUGGGCUGAACUAUGACAUUAUUGGUCUACCUUUUCUGACAUGACAAGUUGAAUCUCGGGCUCUUUUUCCUGGUCUGUUUUGUGCAGUAAACCAAAACAGAACAGAAGUUCUAUUUUGUUGUACGAACCUUCAUAGAAAGCAAAGAUGAACAAUGUAGGUGAAUAAGUCUUUACCUCUCAUGUUUUUUUUUUUAUUAAACACUUUACUUGUACAGCUUCAAAGAUUUACUGUAUUACUAUAUGCUACUCCCUACCUUGGAACUUGAGUAACCUAGUGUGCAAGUGUGGUUAAGAACACAGCUGUAAAGAUUAAGCAUGCCUGCUGUGAAUGGUGACUUUAUUAAACUAAAAGCAGUGAGUGCUUUUAAGGCAGUUAUGUGAACAAAAGUUGACCACAUUUUCUAAAAAUUGUGCAAUGAAAAGUCUGUGCUAGAGUCAUACUCAAGGCCCCUUCUGAUUCUGAUCUCCACGAGGAAGGGCACCCAGAUGGUGAACGAAAUGUAUGGAGCAUGAAAGGAUGAUGACACUAAAAGUAAGCACUUCAGUGGUGUUGUCUGUCAUUUGUGCUCAGUCACUACUCACCGUAGUCAUUACAGUUCUUAUGCUUAGUGACUUAUGCAACAGAAGCACUAAAGAAAUGCUGUUAUGACAAAGGUACAAGGUCACUGUCGACACUCCUAUAUUGUUGCUGUUUGACUAUACUGACUUGCUUAUGUUGAGGGCUCCGUAAAUGGUCGUCCUGCAGUAAUGCUACUAUGUGUGUUUCGUAACAGCAUAAGAUAUCACAUGAGAAUGAGCUUUACAAAUUUUAUUGCUUACAAGCAGAAGAAAACUGUUCUAGGAUUUUCGUUAUGACUAUAGCUCCCAUGCAACUCUGGUGAGUGCACUUUUCAAUGCCAUCAUCUGUUGUAGAAGAUAGUGCAAAAAUUUCAGAAGACUAGUGGCUAUGAUUGCAGCCUGAUUUGGCCAUGGUAUCACACAGAUAUCUGCAUCUUUCUGCUGCAUAAGCAUGUCGGAGCACACUCAUUCGAGGCAAUCGCUGUGGUGAUCGUAAUCAGAAUACUGCCCCUGACCUUUGCAUUCAGAUUGGUGAUAUCAGGGUGAAGUUUAUAAAUAUUUGAAAAGUUGCUAAUUGUAAGAAAAAAGAAAAAUCAGCUUUUGAAUACUGGUACAAGUCAAAUUUCCAGUGAUACGUAUGCCUUCUUACACCUUGUUGUUAGAUUAGUCAUUAGGAUCACGUUUCUUUGCGUUUCUGAUGACCCGUCAUGACUCAGCUGCUCAUUUUUAGGGCUGCAAACAGUGUAGCAAAUAUGUGCCCAGAGUUCUAUAAAAUGUUUACACGAUAUGCAGCUGAUUGUUUUAGUAAUUAUCAUUUAUUAGUGAAGUUGCUACGUUGCUCUUUGGUGAAAACUGUUGUGCACUGCAGAUUUUUACUUACACCAAAUAUUUUCUAAUUGAAUUCUGUUUCCUUUUUAGCAGGUGGGAAGUGUCAGAAUUGUGACGACGUAGCACUGUAUCGCUUUUCAGCUUAUGGUAAAGGCAACAAAGACAUUGUGUUGGUGUUUAUUACAUCUGAUGCACCAGAAAUCUGGUUAAACAUUCUUAGUUCGCCGAGGCUGUGGGAAAGUGGAGAGAGAUUGCAGUACAUUCCCAUAACAUGGUCUGGUAACUCACUGGAUAGAGUGGUGUUGCAUGGUUAAAAAAUAGGAGAGAAAAGAGGUAUUUCUCAUGGUGCUUGCAUUGUUGUCUUUCACAAUUCACAGGAUAAUAUUGCAUUCUGAAAUGUGCAAUCUAGUCAUGGCAGUCAGUCUGUCAUGUACGUAAUGUGCAUGAUUAUUGGAACACUAGAACCAACCAAAUAGCCUACUCACAAACAACUACCUAUAUGUUACAUCAGAUUAUUUAAUUGCUUGGAAGCAGUGUGUCUUUACCACGUCAAUUUUUUGUAAUGUAAGCAUGAUGUAGAUCCAUAUGUUACUUAGGUGUGCAUCUAUCUUUGCUCAGUGCAGGAAAUUAUGGAACGGAUAUAUCAUUGCCCACUGCCACAAUCUAUUCAUGCUUAGAACAUCAGUUGCCUAACAUUGCGUAGAUGCCUGCAUGGCGCGCAUUUUGGCCAUUGCUUCUAACCGGCAUGCUUUUGUUCAUUCAUAUAAGGCUGUUUUCUUAAAAUUUGUAAAUGGUAAAGACCUGUUGUGUGUGUUUGUCAAAUAACAUUUCAUAAAACAAAUACUGUAAAGAAUUCUUUUUUAUCGAGCUCAAUUCUUUGCAAUCUCAUUCUGUGAUAAGAUUCCAGAACAAUUUGUGGUGUCUAAAUAUUGAGGAAUGAUUUUGCCACUUAAUGUAUGCACUGAUUAAAAAAAUUGGUUCCCCAACUUGUUUGUAAGACCAAUUUUUGUUGAAUUGCUGCCUGUUCACACAAGUUGAUUCAUUUGUAGCACAUGGACCUCAAGGUUGCCAUUGUCAUUCUUUCCCAUCUGUGGCCUGACUAACCAGCAUAAACCAGGACAUCCAUGUACUUGACCAAAUACCGCUGUUGUCCUUAAUCUGGUUGUGGUGCGAUUGGGAAACCAUUGCAUGGUUCAGGGGAGCUGCACGUUUGGUGCAGCUUGUCUUAGCUGCUUGCAAGCAUCGUUUGUACAGUUAAAACUCGAUCUAACGAAACACGAUUUUACGAAGUCCCCAAUUUAAUGAAGAAGUUCCAAUUCCCCGGCAAAUAUCCAUACAGUUCAAUGUUGACAUCAACCGGAAUUAACAAAACUAGCUUGCAUCAAACCCAAUUUAAUGAAGCUUAAAACUUAACGAAGCAGACGGGUUUUCCUUCAAGCGUGCACCCUAAUGCUAUCGCGCUAUAACAUAUAGGCACCCUAGCCACAGCACAACGGACUCGGCAGGCACUAGCGUUCUUACAUACCAGAUGGCGCUAGGGGCGGCCAUACUUGGGCUGUCUUCGCCGACUUUUUACACGCGCAGGCGUGGGUUAGCGAUAAAUACAAUGGCGUGGUACCUUUUGGGUGUUGCAUUACAAUUUUAGAUUUCGAAGGACCGAAAAAUCCCUUACCCAAUUUUCUGAACUUCCAGCAUGGUCAUCACUUCGGUAAAUCGAGUUUCAACUGCAAUAGUUUAAAGAAGCACAUUUUGUAUACCAUUGGACCAUGUGUGACAGGAAACCAGUGAUGUCUAUCUCAAAACAGAGAUCGAUUGUAUCCAAGUGGUGUUGAACUUAAACACAUGCCAUUUGCUGUUGGAGCUUUAUGUAUAUCUUAUUGUCGAAGUGUCUCCGACAAAUGUUUCCCCCCAUAUUCAGUAUGAGCAAUGGUGUACACAAGAAGGUACGUGAUUGGCAAGGUAUUAAAAGGACUUGGAUGUUCAUGGCAUAUACGCUUGUAUUUAUUGAUGUCGAAUCACAUUAAAGUAUGUUCCAAAGCAGG